CGUGCUCUUAUAAACAAACGUCAGAAGAACUUAUCAGUCAGUAUUAACCACUGAUAUUGUGGUCUUGUAACCUAGCCUGUUUGCAAAUAUUGCUGCUUUCAAGGAAAACAAACCUUUUUAGGAGACCGAGCAAAGUUCAGUACGUGUUUAUACUUGAAAUGAAAGAUUAUAUGUAAUAUAAGCUUCUCAAUACGUCACGUGCGUUUAGCAAGAUUUACUGAGUUUUAUUGUUGUGACUGGUAUCAAAGCUCAAACCUGUAAAAGUGUAAAAUGUCGGCAUUUAGUAGUGGUCGUCGUUGCUUAUAUCUCAACAGUGAAAACAUCUAUCCCUGGUUGUGGAGAUGCAGUGGAAAUCAAUGUAUAAAGGUAUUGCCUUGUUUAUUUUAUAAGUAUUUUACACUUGACAAGGCAGGCUAUUAUUAAUUCAUUCAUAUUGUCUGCGGUAAUUAACCAAUUUUCAAUAUUAUUCACGAUGAUAUUUUGUUUGUAAAAACUGAAUAAAAAUGUAAUUUCGGGCAGGAACUAUUAUCAGUAUUGGGUAGUCUUGUACUCUUGUACAUUUCCCCCAAUAAUAGAGUUAAUCUUCAAAAUAUACUACAGUAUAUCAAUUAUGUCUUCCCCUUGGGCCUUGGGGAAGGAGUCAAGGAGGGCAUGCAACCCCAGAGCCAGGGGAUUUUGACAAUUGUCAUGAAAAAAAAUCAAUUUUCACAGCUUCAAAAUCUCUAGUAUGGUGAGGACAUUGUGGGCCUAAACUGUGUACCACAAUUAUUAAAUUUUAAAAUUCAAUAUAUUAUUAAAACAUUUUAAAUGAUCACAGUAAUAACAAAACCACUGCAUUCAGAAUUAGCAUGAAUUUUUUAUACAUUCUUUUAUACAUAUUCUCAUUCUUUGAUCAAUAUACCUUUCCAGAAAGUACAUCAACUUAGCCUAUAGAACCUUGUUUUUGUGAUUGAGAGGAUUUAACUAAAUAAGGUCACAUACAUGAAAACAAGGCUCUAUAGCCAAAGUGAUGCAUUGCUUUCCUGAAGGGUGUAUCGUGAUGAUCUAUGACUAUGUCAACAUGUCAUAUCACAAACCAUGUUUUUUUCAAUCUCAUCACAUUAUGUAUAUUUUGUGGAUGCCACAUUUUGCAAAAAAAAAGGAUUUAUUUGUAAAUCUUUUGAGGAUACAUACUGUGCAACGUACCAGGUUUCAGACUUGCAUGUAGUAUGUAAGUGUUCUAAUUAACCAAAAUGGUGGAUGCAUGAUCAGAAAUUUCACACUUAGGAAAAGUGUCACACUCUCAUUGCAUGCCAUUGUGGGCUAAGUCAGAUAUUUUUGCCAGCUCGCCUUUUUUUAGUUUUACUUUGAUCUAGUGCAGCAAAAUAAACCGCCAUUGGAUGAGGUUUUUAUGAUUUCCAGAAUUAUCAACUGAAGGCAAGUGUUAUCAGUCAAGCCAAAGGCAGUUUUGAUAACACCGAGACCUUGAUAGUUUGGGAUAUCACAAAAACCAAAUUCUAUUAUUAUACAUAUAUAAUAUAAACCAAGUUCUGUUCAAUUAUUUUCAACAAACAACUGCAUUUGUCGCACAAAUUAAACAAUGUUUGGUUCUCAAAAAAGCAGUGAAAACAAUUUAAAGUACUACUGUGGAUACAACAACAGCAUAAAAAUGUUAGAAAUCUCAUUCAUAGCUACUAAAGUUUGGAUAAAAAUGUCAAAUGCUAUGAAAUUGCAUACUGUGGGCUCAACCUAUACUGGUACAUAAAGUUUUCAGUUAUCUGCCAGCUGUGUAGUGGUUGCGUGAUAUUUAACAAAUAUAAAAUAUUUUCCAUGUUGAUAUACAGUAAGUUAUAUCAACACAAGUGGAAAUUGGGAAAACGAGAAAUUGUGUGUAGGUAUAUACGACCGAACUGUGUAUCGAAAAUGUAUCGUAGUCCAGGACUAGAGACUUUUAUCACUGAAUCAGAGUUAUGUAUAAAAAGUGAACCGGAAAUGUUGUUUUAAUGUAAUUGAGCGCGAGGCAGUGAGCGAAUUAGUGAAAUGGAAAACAAGCUUAUACGUUGAUGUCUUACUGCUGUUAUUGGCAAGCAAGUUCAUUUUGGCUUAGGAAUAAGUAUGAAUCUUUAUGACACAAAUUAUUUAAUAUCUUCACAACAUUUACAGUAAUUCAGAAUUAAUACAUUGUGCUGAUAUUAAUUUGUAUCAUUCAGACUAAUUUCUGAGGAAAACUGAACUGAAAGUCAUCGGUCUUGUCCGACUCAAAGUCAUCGGACAUUUUGUCAGACGGCCCUGUAAAAGAUAUUUUAAGGCCUGUGUACAAUGUCAGGUAUUGUGGGACAACAUAUUGAGUAAACAUUUUGAUAAUAAUUUAUUCAACGUUUUGACUAGAUUUUAGUCAAUCAUCAUCAGGAAUGAUAUGAUGAUGACUAAAAUCUAGUCAAAACGUCGAAUAAACACUUUUCAAAAUGUUUACCGUUUUCAGAAUUACUAUUGUAUCGGGUCAUUCUGGAAAACAUCCAUACCUUCCCCAUGGAGGAAAUUAGAUGUUAAACCCCCUACCCCCUUUGGAUGUCCUAAUACACUUACUGUUAUUAGAAACAAUUUUUUCUUCCCCCCUCCCCUGGACAGCAGAAAUUUCCACCUUUGCGGGAGUGUGGAUCUUUUUGUGGAAUGACCCAUUGUGUGCUGGUAAUUAUCUAUCAUUUAUAAAUUACUAAUAUAAAUAUUGAGUUUUCUUCACAUUUUUCUUGAAAGGGUAAAAGCAGUGUCCUUGAAAGACAAUUAUCCACGAGCACCUGUCAAUAUGGACUACUCGAACGCAUGCCUGCAAAAGACAAGUUCUCCAGUGAUCCUAACCAACCAAUAGCAGUUGUUUAUGGCUGGCUUUUAGCGAAAAGUCGUCAUCUCGAAAAAUUUGGUCAUUUUUAUAACAACCACGGAGCUGAUGUUGUCACUGUCAAACCCAAUGUUACUGAGGUACGUUUAUUUAUUGAUAUUCAGUGUAGGACUUUGUACCUUCGGGGGUGACGAAAUUAGGUUCGCUAUCGAGUGAGAUGCCCGAAAUGAGAGUGUGUUUUGUUCGUACACAAAAUAAGACAAACCAGUCUGUGUACAUGUUCAUAGUCAGUUGAUGAUUUAGCAUUCAUUUGUACUACAGUCAAAAUUUGAGUUCAAUUGCUUAGAAACACGUGCAGGCCUCAAUUUCAAUUCAUGUUUCAAACGUGUUUCAAUAACAAACAUGUUUUGAAGUGCAGUUCUUGUGCAAAACGGCAGCUGUCCCCUGUGGCUUUGGCACCCCUGUAUAUGUUGUUAUUGUCCCUAUUCACCCAGCAUCAGGGAGGUGAUUGCUAAUUAACAUAAAUUAUCUAAUACUAUUUAACACUUUAUGCCUGGACUUACAGUACCUUCAGAGUACCUUGUGUCCGGUGUUUCCCGAGGUAGAGCCGAAAUACAGCGUGAUUAGAUGAAAAGUUUGAUAAUUCCGGGGUUUCAUAUGACGUCACCUCGGGGUCAGACGUCUGUGUCAAUGGCUUUUAUAUUUUUUUAAUGUUUUUAUAAUAGUCGGAGAACUCAUUUACAUAAGAUGCGUUGACAGCCAUUUUGUUUCUUUGUUGUUUUAGUUAACCCCAGUUCAAUGAUUGACCCGAGUCAAAUUAUGCUAAAAUAUCAUGUGAUUGAAACCCAAGAAUAUACUGAGUAUUUUAUCUCACCCCCGCAGAGAUUUCUGUGCAUUCCGCUGAGGAGUGUGUUUGUGAGCGCAUUAAUUUUAUAUAUGUAGUAUUUCAAGAUUUCUCGGAUCGAUUUUGUAAUAUCGUGUUGAUAUGCGAAUAAUGCGAUAUAAAAUUCAGUGCAUAAAUAAUUACGAUAACGUGAUCACAGUUCGCCGCCAUUUUGUCCUGAAUGUCGGUAGACGCUUCCUUGACUUCCUUCGAUUUUUUACCUCAGAAACACCUAUGCGUAGGAGCAUAGAUUGUAAAAUAACUGGAUAGGAAACUUCCUGACGUCACAAUCUAAACCUAGUUGCAAUCUCUGACGUCACGCGUAUUUCAAAUAUACCAAAGUUCUCGGCAUUUUUGUUGUUUCGCUAUAUUUUCCGCUUUAAAAGAGUAAUAUUGAAGCAUAAACUGGUCUAAUUGUUUUAAAAACAUGCCUAAGCCACGACAAAGUAUUCAAUGUAAAUGUUUUUCGUCUUUGUUUUGUAUUUUUUUACAUUUGUAGCUACGACGCCAAUUUUAACGAAAUUUGCGAUGCAUUUUUACUGUUUAUAGUGCUUGAAAUAUUUGCUAAAAUUGACUGGGAAUACUUAGAGAUUUCAUCAUAGAAUGGCAUAUAGUUAUAUUUAUUUGCUCUUUGACUAAAAUAUUUAGCUGUAUUAUUGACGCUAAACAUGCCUUUUUUGAGAAUUUGGUUUGCAACUAGGUUUCAACAUCCAACCACGCCAUCAGCCCAUUGAAAACAUUAGGUCACGUCAGCUAGUUUCCUAUCCAUUUAUUUUAUUAUCCAUGGUAGGAGAGAGGUAUUUUGUACACUUACGGUACAAUUAAAGUCUUAAAAGACCGUUAAAUAAUUUUAGUAGAAUAUGAUGUAAUCAUAAAGUAAUCAUAAAAAUGACAUAAUCUUUUAUCGACGAACGACGGAAAAUAAAGACAUUUUGAGCUGAAACUUAAACGCCGCACAGUCGCACAGACGAGCAAGUUUUCCUUGGCCGAUUUUUACAUUCUCGUGUGUAAGGUUUUCCUUGGCAAGUUUUCACCUUCACACUCGGGUUUUGUUGUUCGUGUGCACGGAAUGUUUUUAAACAUUUACCUCGAGUCAAGGUAAGGCUGGUAUGACUAACCUUGGAACAAGACUGCAAGGAAAAAUUGUCAUUUUUCCCGUACGCACGAGCAAACAAAAGUUGUCAAGGAAAAUUUGUCAACGAAAAAUUGCCCGUCUGUAUUGGGCUUUCCCGUUUGAAUUAUGUGGUUGAGAAUGGUUCUGGAACCAUAUUCUCAGCCAUAUAUAGCCUGUCUUUAAACCUCGAUUCUUAAACUGUAGUGAUUUCAUACCAUGCAUGGAUAAUAGACGACACGCUUUCUUCGCAAUCCUCCAUUACGAAUUCGUUUGCCGUCGUCGCAGCGUUGCCAUCCUACAUGCUUAAGGUCCCUGUUCCGUAUUAAAGCGGUGUCGGUAAGGAGAAAUUCAACUGUACAAGUUUAGAAAACUCAAUGAGCUAGAGAGUAGAGUGCGACAUGAUUGAUCUCGGCUUGUGUCGGUUUGGAUAUUUUGCGCUGAUUGGGAUAAUUCCAGUUAGCCAACAUAAUAAACGGAUGUCCAUUCCAAUUCACAGAUUUCAAGUGGCAUGUAAACAUACUGUAAUAAUCGGAAAAAAUAGACUGAAGUUGUACGCCGCGUGUUACAGUAUGUUUCCAUUUGCUUGCGAUAUGUAACUACACUACAUGAUCUCUGGACUAAAUAUUGCAAAAGUGAUGCAAAUAAAAUGUAUUUGCCUAUUUUAUCAAGUUUGUAAGUUUCAUCAAGGUCAUGAGCGUGCAAGGGCUGAUUUCAAGAGAAAGCAAUGCCCUUUCAUUACGUCAUCAGUGCUUUAAACAACACGAAAUGGCCCAAUAUGUGCGCAGUCGUUUCCCCAUCGCGAAGAAUUCGAGGCGUCACCUUCUUGCGAUAGCAACUCAUACUGCAGUUACAUGUAUAUCUUUUAUAUUUUGCUGAGAUUAUAGUACAGAAAAACAGCUACCUAUUUUAAUUAAGCUUGUCACAAGCCAUAGUCAAAUGUACAAUCCAAGCAUAUCAGUACGUACGUCCGAGUACUGAAAUAUAAUGUAAUGGAAUAAAAUAUCUUAUAGGAUGAAAUGUAUCAUCUCGUUGGAUUACCAAGUCGUGAACAUUCAUCGUAUUAUUUGCAUAUUUACGUAGGGUGUAAUAACGAUCUUUAAACCAGCUGCCUGUUGGUUCUUAGCCUCACAACCCAGACAUAGAUGGAGCACUAUUUCGCUGACAGAAAUAAUAGGGCAACUUUUUACACACAAACAUCAACCCUAAGUUUGUAAAUUCCUGUACGUGUUGUCGCCAGUAAAUCAAAAGCAAACCCAGAAAAUUAUGUGUACCACUGGUAAUGGACCUACAUACAAAGACGGCUAAAAAAUAUUAAAAUUAGGCAUAUCCAUCUCGCCGUACGCGCCUGGAUUGUACAAUUGACUUUAUUAUUUAUUGAAAAUAUUUCAAGAGUUUUGAUUGGCUAAUAUCUGUCGGUGAUAUAUCCGCUCGGUAGCUGCCCAAAUUUGGAGCUAUGACAUCACCGUGGAAUAUUGAAAACAAAUAUACUACGUUUGACGUAAUUUCGUGGUAUAUUGAAAAACAAUGUAACACGCUAUGACGUCACGCUAAUUUAUGCGGCUUAUGCCAAAAGUGGGAAAAUACAAAUGGCUUCCUCAAAGGAAAGGUUCGUUCGCCGACCUUUUUUGUGUAUUCCGACAAAUAAAUAAUAAAACAAUAAUUAUUGAAUUCGGUUCUCGCAGGAUAUGAGGAAUUAUUAAUGCCUCGGUUGUGUUACAGUAUCUGUCAGAUAACACAAACCUCCGCCUUAUUAAUAAUUCCUCAUAUCCUACUCGACCUCGUUCAAUAAUUGUUUAAUAACAACCUUGAUUGAAAUAGCUGUUUGCAUGACCUGUGAAUGUUCGACACUUGUGCGGUAUAUUCCAUAGUGCACCCGCGUAGUAAUUUAUUUCCAGUGAGUGAAAUCUGAAACCAUAUGUGAAUUACAUGUACUGUAGUUUAGUAUUUGUUUUCAUUGUACUUUAUCACUCAUGUUUGUGAAAUAUCUUCAUUCUAGGUUCUUCGACCAAAGAAAGCAGAAGAACUUGCCGCUAGACUACUCGAUAUCUUACAAUCACCUGGCAACAAGGAUAGACCAAUCCUCAUUCAUGGUUUCUCAGUCGGCGGCUACCUGUAUGGUCAGACACUCAACCACAUUGUGACAGACCCCAAAUAUUCCUCAGUACAAGAUCGUAUCAUUGGCCAAAUAUUCGAUAGCCCUGUAGACUUCGAUAAUAUACCGUACGGAAUUUCGAAUGCGGCGACAGAAAAUGCCAUAUUAAGAAAUACAAUGAGGUUGAGCAUUCAAUCCUAUUUUAAACUCACUCAAAAAUAUACCAUGGACAAAUUCCUUGCAAGGUCCAAGUUAUUUCUCAGUAACCCAGUUCGAGCUCCUGCACUGAUUCUGUUUUCCAACGACGACCGCGUGGCGUUACCGGAAGGAUGUGAACGAUGCGUGACAAAAUGGCGAGAUCUUGGAAUGGAUGUGACAUCUAAGAAAUGGGACAGCUCUCCUCAUGUGUCGCAUUUUUAUAGACAUCAAGAGGAGUACUUGGAGUUGUUGAUGGAAUUCUUGAAAAAAGUUGGUAUUGUUUAGUCAGCGGUACAGCGUGGGAAAAUUUAAUGAUAGAAACACCAAGAUACCCUGACUUUUAAGGAAAGUUAAUAGUCGUGCUGUAAGCAUUUUAAUCAAAUCUAUCAAAGUUUAUUUACAUUCUUAAUGAAUAAUUUAUUAUACAGCCAAUAUUCGUAGAGUAUUGUGGAUACCAAUUUCCGAUUGAACAAAAUGUUAUUGAACAAUUGUUAUAUGUAAUGUUUCAACAUCAACAGUAUUCAACCCUUGUAGUGACAACACAUCACAACAUACAGUAUAUUGAUGUAUAUAUUAGUUAAUUUCAGACAUUGCGUAGUUUAUUUGGCUUGGGUAUACGAAUGUAACAACUCGAGUCGGAUGGACCAUAGCCUAUCGAAGGGAAGAUGGCUGUGAAACUCAUUAGAAUAACAAUAUAACUUAUCUAUGUUAGUCGACGUUUAUUCAUCAAUCUGGUCCUUCACCGUCACGUGCCCAACUAACCAAUAGCAAUGUUUUAGGAGAGUUACCUAUCCGUGACUCGAACAAUAGGGUAAAUUGGAAAUUGCUAUUGGUGGAUUUGGCAAAAAUACAAUACGCACGUAAUGGUUAAAGACCAGAUUUAUGAAUAAACGUUGACUAACAUACAGUAGAUAUUUAUAUUGUUAUUCUAAUGAUUUUCACAGCCAUCUUCCCUUCGAUAGGCUAUGGACGGACGGAUCCGAUCAAUGCCAAUGAAUAGCAUGUGACGGAUCAAGGUACGAAUAUAUCCAUUCAUACGGAUGGAUAUGUUCCACAGUAUUGGACGUGUAUGGUCUACAGUGGCAACCAGUGGUGAGGCUAGCCAUGACAAGUGGCCAUGCUAUGCCAUUAAACCUGCAUCUAAAUAGACAAUACAUUUCUAAAGGUUUGAGUAAUGCAAAUCAAAUCAACCUUUGCAUAGCAUGAUCAUAGAUAUCUUAUAUACACUAGAUAGUGCAUCUAAUUAUUCUACAAUUCAAAAAUUGAAGCCGUGAUUGCAGUCUCAGGUCGUUCUCAUGAAAUGAGAAGAUUCGUAUGUUUUCUAUUUCUUAAACAGGGAACUUAAACAUUAAGUUGACUCUAUUCCAAAUACGUUUUUAAACUAUUAAAAUGAUGAAAGUUAUUGUUGUUUUUAAGCGUUUAUUAGCAAGUGGGAACGACCAACAUGGCCGCCAUCUAUUCAAAUCGGUGUAACCGCUGGAAUAUUCUUGGCUUCAAUUUUACUAAGAGAUGCGCUAUCUAGUGUAUAUAAGAUAUCUAUGAGCAUGACCUCUUGUUAUGGUUAGCUUCGCCACUGGAGCCCACCAUUAUUUUGGUACCUAAAAUCGCGUGAUUUCUUAUCGUGACGUAAUAUUCCCCCAUGAUUCAAGAUCCGAAUAAUUAUUGUAUAUAGUUCAGUAUACUCGCAAAAUUUUAAAAAUGCAGUGACUAUUAUAAACCUCGUGGUGUUGUUGUUGGUAAAGUUGGUGGACCAUUAUAAACCUCGGUCAUAGUGUCUUAUUCGUUAGACCCUGGGAACGAGGUUGGACCAGUAUGUGGUUAUACUCAGUCUAAUCUUUUCACAUUGAUUUUCUUUAACACAUUAACAAAUUAAAUGAGUGGUCGUAAACUGGACCAUGACCAAUUGCUGGUUGUAUAUUAGACAAAUCGGCGUCGAAUUAUAGCAAUAGUUAUUUUGCGAGCCUUGGCAAUUGUGUGUAAGCAUUCUUCAUGCUCAUUUGGGCUUUAAUACUGUUGAAACAUUAAAUUGUAAAAAUUUAAAUAUAUAUAUUAUGUUAAUAAACAAAAAAUUAAUGUAAGAACAAUAAAUGUGGCAGAGCA